CGAAAACUCUUUAUGUGGGUUGCAAUAGUUCGGCUAAAUGAAGUCAGGGCACAACACAAAGGUUUUAUUUGAAAAGAGGAGUAAGGCAAGGACAAAGUGUCCAAACACUGAGGAAAGCUCCUGCUGAAGCGACUGAUCUCCACACUGUUAUAAAGAUGGCGUUUAUUAAAGAGGAGAGCGAAGACCUGAAGAUUGAAGACACAUUCACAGUCAAACAUGAAGAUCCUGAACAAACCGAGCUCAUGGGCCUGAAAGAAGAGACUCAAGAACCGAAUGAAACGGAGGAGAAAAAUCAGUUUGAGAAACGCCAAGGUUACAUGUGUCGGCAGUGUGGAAAGGGUUUCAGUUACAAACAGAACCUUAAAGUCCACUUGGAUGUUCACUCUGGAAAGAAGCCUUUCAGAUGUGGUCAGUGUGGCAAGAGUUUCAGUCAAAAACAAGCUCUCGAAGGUCACAUGAGAGUUCACACCAGGGAGAGGCCUUACUCCUGCACGCAGUGUGGAAAGAGUUUCACUCACAAACACCACCUCCAACACCAUAUCAGGAUUCACACUGGAGAGAGGCCAUACGCCUGCACACAGUGUGGAAAGAGAUUCAACCAGUUACAAGUCCUUAAAAACCACCUUACAAUUCACACUAAAGCCAAGCCUCAUGCUUGCACUCAGUGUGAGAAGAGUUUCAGUUUAAAGCAUAGACUCGAGAUGCACAUGAGAGUUCACACUAGAGAGAAAACAAGCACUUGCCCUCAUUGUGAAAAGGUUUUUACUCGAAAAAGCAAUCUAACUUUGCACAUGAGGGUUCACACCGGAGAGAAGCCCUACUCUUGCUCACAGUGCGAUAUUAACUUUUCAUAUAAAAGCACUUUAGAUACUCAUAUGAACACUCACAUCAAGGAGAAGCCGUUCAGGUGUGGUCAGUGCGGAAAGAGUUUCAUGCGUAAGAAAUCCCUCAUUAAACAUAUGAUGAUUCACUGAGAA